CAGUUGACAUUUGGCACGUCAUAUACCCGUCGUAUAUGUCAAAUAUAUAAACACGUAAACUUGGGGUUGAUAAUAAUUUCAGUGCAAUUUCAAAAACAAAUUCUUAUUAAACAACAAAAUGGUUCACACGGGGACAAUUGAUGGGGCUUUAUUUGAACCAACUCUGUACAUAGUCAAAGGAAUGUGCAUCCUUGACAAUGAUGGUAACAGAUUACUUGCAAAAUAUUAUGACAAAGAUGUUCUGCCAACAGCCAAAGAACAGAAAGCAUUUGAAAAGAACCUCUUUAAUAAGACACACAGAGCCAAUGCUGAAAUUAUAAUGCUGGACGGUUUGACCUGUGUCUACAAGAAUAAUGUUGACCUUUUCUUCUAUGUCAUGGGAAGCUCCCACGAGAAUGAGUUAAUCCUUCAAUCAGUUCUGAACGCCCUUUAUGAGUCUGUCAGCAUCCUGUUAAGAAGGAAUGUUGAGAAGCGUAUGCUCUUGGACAAUUUGGAUGCUGUGAUGCUGGCCUUUGACGAGAUCUGUGAUGGAGGAGUGAUCCUGGACGCUGAUCCAACGUCGAUAGUUGGUCGAGCAGCUCUCCGCACUGAGGACGUACCGCUGGGAGAACAAACAGUAGUCCAGGCUCUGUACAACCUAAUGAAUAACAAUUAUUAAAAAUCAACAAAGAAAAUGGCAACAUAAUACGUAACAAUUAUAGUUUAUAGCUGUUAUUUUUUAUCUGUUAUUCAAUUUUAGAAUAUAUUUAUAGCUAAUUUA